AUGAAGAGAAUGACGAAGAACCCGCAUUAUAUCAUCAUCGUUGUUUUGUUUUCAAGCAGGAGAUAUUUUCUUGAUAUGCUAUAUACUAUAUAUAGGGAAAGCAUGGCAAGCACUCGUUAUUGUCAUCGCCACUGCUUCCAAAUUAUGGACCAUGUGAUUUACAUUAUUGGACGAGUUGCAGAAAUGAAGCCAUAUAUCCUUGGAUGA